UUGUCCUUUGGUUCGAGCCAGGAAGCAAAUUAUCUAUGGCUGCUUGCCUGGACCGUAAACCACUGUCCUCUGCUUACUUCUGUCAUCGAGACAUACGUGAAGCUUUCAGGAACAGUUUGCUGCGUCGUUCCUGAAUCCUGAGUUGCUUUCCUGUGCGUUUUCUGCAUUCCUUAGCAUUGCGUUUGACCUAGUGUCGCUUUCCUUGGUAAACAGCAACAGCGAGGGAACGUUUCUCUAAGCCUGUCAGCUGCUCCUCUUUCACAGUGCGACCGUAGCGUGGAGUUGAAAACUGACCGCGGCGCUUUUGAGAAUUCCCAAAGACACCCCGCGAUGAUUUCCCGCGCGUGCUCCACCGUGCCGCCGGGCCUGGCGCUACUCCGUCGAUUCCGGCGAAAGGAGUUCUCCUUCGCGGCACACCAGAUUCUCGUCCUCGUUUUAACCUUCCUCGCUUACGCGCUCUACCACGCCUCGCGAAAGCCUCCCAGCAUUGUCAAAGGCGUGCUCGACCCCCUCGAUACAGGCAACUCCGUUACUAGCAACCCCUGGACGUUUUACCUCCAGCAGCUGGAAACCUGCCCGGAAAACGGCCUCUUGCGGGCUGAAAAAAAAGCCGGAUGGGCUCCGUUCAACGGCAAAGGCGGGAAAUCUCUUCUCGGGGAGCUCGAUAUCGCGUUCUUAGGCUGCUACGCGAUCGGGAUGUACAUAGCCGGCCACGUGGGCGACCGAAUCGACCUCCGGAUCUUCCUCUCCGUGGGGAUGUUCGGCAGCGGCUUAUUCGUAUCCCUCUUCGGGAUGGGGUAUUUCUGGAAUAUACACUCUUUAAACUACUUCGCCGCGGUGCAAAUGGCGGCGGGGUUCCUCCAGGCGACCGGGUGGCCGAGCGUCGUCGCGAUCAUGGCGAGCUGGUACGGGAAAAAAGGCCGGGGACUCAUCCUAGGCGUGUGGAAUGCGCACACCUCCGUCGGUAACAUCCUCGGAUCGCUCAUCGCGUCAUCCGCGCUGGCUAGCGGCUGGGGCUGGGCGUUUCUCAUUCCCGGAUUCAGUAUUAUGGUCGGAGCGCUGGUCAUGUUUUUGUUUCUCUCCCCGGAGCCGGAAACCCUGGGCCUGGAGUCGCCGCACUCGUUGAUGUUAUCUGAGACGUCGAGUGAGGCUGGCGGCAGCGUGCACGGGACGGGAGACGAGGAGGCGGGGUACGGGGCGGUUGAAUGCGGUGACGUGACUGCUGACGUUUCUGCUGAUGUCACUGCUGACGUGUCGCGAUGUGGUCCAUUUACUGCAGCUGAUUGCUGCGAGCGGAAGGGAACAGAAGCUGCUGGUCUACAGGUUUUAUUGGCUCCUAAGGAGGCUGCUUAUGCGUCACUAUCGGAGCAGCUUACAGUGCCGCUUUUACAGGGGAAGGACGAUGCAGCGCCAGAAGCGGAGGGUCGGAUUGUGAUAACAGAGGACAUGCUUAAAGCGGGGAUUGGAGGGAGCAGCGAGGAGCAUGAGGCGAUUAGUUUCUGGGACGCGUGCCGGAUUCCUGGUGUCGCGGCGUACGCGUUAUGCUUGUUCUUCGCUAAGCUCGUGGCGUACACGUUUCUGUACUGGCUGCCGUUCUACAUCAAGCGGACAGGAUGAGAAGGACGAGCAGGAUGAGAAGGACGAGCAGGAUGAGAAGGACA